GGGCACAUCUAUGAAGUAAGAUGAUUUGUCGAAAACUCUGUGUGUUUUUUUUGCAGUGGGAGUUUGUUUGCGUGAUAACUGGAUUUAACUUGGCAUAUCCAAUUACUCCCUGGAGAUUUAAGUUGUCUUGCAUGCCAGCAAAUGCAACCCAUGACUCCUUCCUCUUGCCUGCUGGACUCUCUAAGAACACUUCAAAUUUGAAUGGACUUUAUGGAGCAGUUGUUGAAGGUGAAUUUAAUUCCAGUGGUACAUAUUUUUCUAACUUAUCUCAAGCAACUUUCCACUGUUGCUUUUGGAGUGAGCAAGACACCAACUGCACUGUGCAUACAGACAACACAGAAGGGAAGACAGUUGUUUCAACUGUAAAUUCCUUGAUUUUUCAGCAACUAGGUGCAAACUGGAACAUACAGUGCCAGAUGAAGGGGGACUUGAAAUUAUUCAUCUGUUAUAUGGAGUCAUUACUUAGGAAUCCUUUCAAGAAUUAUGACCUUAAGGUUCAUCUUUUAUAUGUUCUGCCUGAAGUGUUGGAAGAUUUUUUUCUGGUCCCCCAGAAAGGCAGUUUUACGAAGGUUCAGUGCAACUGCAAUGUUCACGAAUGCUGUGAGUGUCAUGUGCCUGUGCCAGCAGCCAAGCUCAACUAUACUCUCCUUGCAUAUUUCAAAGUUACAUCCGGUGGAAUGUUUUUCCGGUCCCCGCUAAUGUCAGUUCAGCCAAUAAAUGUCGUGAAACCUGAUCCACCCUUGGGAUUGCAUAUGGAAAUUACAGACAGGGGCAAUUUAAAGAUUUCUUGGUCCAGCCCAACCCAGGUACCAUUUCCACUUCAGUAUCAGGUGAAAUAUUCAGAGAAUUCUACAAUUAUGAGACAGGCUAAUGAGACUGUCGUAGCUACGUUCCUGUUGGUGGAUGGUGUGCUCCCAGGGUCUACAUAUGAGGUUCAGGUGAGGGGCAGGAGACUGGAUGGGCCAGGCAUGUGGAGCGACUGGAGCACUCCUCAGACCUUUACCACUCAAGAUGUCAUUUACUUUCCACCUAAAAUUCUGACAACUGUGGGGUCUAACGUUUCUUUUCACUGCAUCUAUAAAAAUGAGAAGAUUUUGUCCUCAAAAAAGAUUAUUUGGUGGAUGAAUUUAGCUGAGAAAAUUCCUCGAAGCCAAUAUACUGUCGUGAAUGACCAUGUUAGCAAAGUCACUUUUCCCAGUGUGAAUGCAACCAAGCCUCGAGGGAAGUUUACCUACGACGCAGUGUACUGCUGCAGUGAGCAGGAAUGCCAUCACCGCUACGCGGAAUUAUACGUGGUCGAUGUCAAUAUCAAUAUAUCAUGUGAAACUGAUGGGUACUUAACUAAAAUGACUUGCAGAUGGUCACCCAAUACAAGCCAAUCACUUGCAGGAAAUACAUUGCAGUUGAGGUAUCAUAGGAGCACCCUUUAUUGCUCUGAUAUUCCAUAUAUUCAUCCCAAAUCUGAACCCAAAGAAUGCCAUUUGCAGAAGGAUGGUUUCUAUGAGUGCGUUUUCCAGCCAAUCUUUCUAUUAUCUGGCUACACAAUGUGGAUUAGGGUCAACCACUCUUUAGGUUUACUGGAGUCUCCUCCAACAUGCUUCCUUCCUGAUUCUGUGGUGAAACCAUUGCCACCGUCCAGUGUCAAAGCAGAGAUCACUGUAAACGUUGGCCUAUUGAAGUUAUCUUGGGAAAAGCCAAUCUUCCCAGAGAACAACCUUCAGUUCCAGAUUCGCUAUGGCUUACAUGGAAAAGAAACACAAUGGAAGGUGCAUGAGGUACGUGAUGCAAAAUCCAAAUCUGCCAGUCUCUCAGUGCCAGACCUGUGUGCAGUGUACAGUGCUCAGGUGCGCUGUAAGAGGCUAGAUGGACUGGGAUACUGGAGUGAUUGGAGCAAGCCAGCCUACACGGUUGUCACGGAUGUAAAAGCUCCUGUGAGAGGACCUGAAUUUUGGAGAAUAAUUGAUGGAGACAUUACUAAAAAAGAGAAAAAUAUCACCUUACUGUGGAAGCCCCUGAAGAAAAAUGAUUCAUUGUGCAGUGUGAGCAGAUAUGUGAUAAAUCAUUACACUUCCCACAAUGGAACAUGGUCAGAGGAUGUGGGAAAUCACACCCAGUUCACUUUCGUCUGGACAGAGCAAGUGCAUAUGGUUACAGUUGUGGCCAUCAAUUCAAUUGGUGCCUCUUCUUCCAAUUUUAAUCUAACGUUUUCGUGGCCAAUUAGCAAAGUGAAUGCCGUGCAGUCACUCAGCGCUUAUCCUUUAAACAGCAGUUGUGUGUUUUUGUCAUGGAUACCAUUGCCCAGUGACUACAACCUGAUGUAUUAUAUUAUUGAGUGGAAAAAUCUUAAUGAAGAUGAUGGAAUCAAAUGGCUUAGAAUCCCCUCACAUAUUAAGAAGUAUUUUAUCCAUGAUAAUUUCAUCCCUUUUGAGAAAUAUCAGUUCAAUCUUUACCCAGUAUUUAUGGAAGGAGUGGCAAAACCUAAAAUAAUUACAAGUUUCACCCCAGAUAAUGUUGAGAAACUCCGAAAUGAUGCUGGUCUAUAUGUAAUUGUGCCAAUAAUUAUUUCCUCUUCUAUCUUAUUGCUUGGAACAUUGUUAAUAUCACAUCAAAGAAUGAAAAAGCUGUUUUGGGAAGAUGUUCCAAAUCCAAAGAAUUGUUCCUGGGCCCAAGGACUUAAUUUUCAGAAGCCAGAAACGUUUGAGCAUCUUUUUACCAAGCAUACAGAAUCAGUGACAUUUGGCCCUCUUCUUUUGGAGCCUGAAACCAUUUCAGAAGACAUCAGUGUUGAUACAUCAUGGAAAGAUAAAGAGGAAAUGGUACCAACAACUGUGGUCCCACUACAUUUGACAUCUCCGGAGUUUGAACAGGAUUCUGUCUGCAUUGGUGACCAAGUCAACAGCGCUGACUUCUCAGAGGCUGAGAGCACCGAGGUUGUCGGUGAGGAUGAAAAUCAGAGACAACCCUCUGUUAAAUAUGCCACGCUGAUCAGCAACUCAAAGUCCAGUGAAAGCAGCGAAGAGCAAGGGCUUCUCAGCAGUUCGACAAGCAAGUGCUUCUCUAACGAAAAAUCUCUGCUGAAAGAUUCCCUCUGCAACAACUCGUGGGAGAUUGCGUCCCAAGCAUUUUGUUUAUUUUCGGAGCCACAGUCCAACAUAAUUUCACCACAUCUCAUGUUCUCAGAGGGAUUGGACAAACUUUUGAAACUGGAGGGAGGCUUCCCUGAAGAAAAUGAUUGUGAGAAGUCUGUCUAUUAUAUGGGUGUGACUUCGAUCAAAAAGAAAGAGAGCGAUGUGUUUCUGACUGAAGAAUCAGGAGUGCUGUGUCCAUUUCCAGCUCACUGUGUAUUCACUGACAUCAGAAUCCUGCAGGACAGUUGCUCGCAAUUCACAGAAAGUAAUUUUGACCUAGGAACUUCCGGUAAGAAGACUUUUGUGUCUUACAUGCCUCAAUUUCAAACUUGUUCCACUCAAACUCAGAAGAUAAUGGAAAGCAAGAUGUGUGACUUAACUGUGUAA